GUGGCUCUUCCAGUGAUGUCCGCAGAUCCCGAGGCCUGGCAGCUGCGCCUCAGUGAGAAGGACGCCCUCCAGCCCGCCCUCCUGCGCCCCCUCGUCCUGCUGCUGUGCUUGCUGGGGGCGGCUCGUUCCGGAAGCCAGGCCUCAAACCAUUCUCUGCGUUAUGACUUCAUUGCUCUUUCCCAGCCCAGCCCUGGGCAAGCCUCUUUUGAAGUCUCAGGCUAUCUGGAUGAUCAGCCCUUCUUAUGGUGCUGCAAGGAGGGCAGGUGGGCAGAACCCCGGGCACCCUGGUCUCAGGCCAGAGACCCAAAAGCCUGGGAGAAGCUGGUUCUCAGACUGAAGGCCAAAGCACAGCACCUUGUCAUCAUCCUAAGGAGAAUUAUGGCGCAGAACAACCAAAGCCAAGAGUCACACACCCUUCAGACCACAGUGGUCUGUGAGUUGCUGGUGAACCAGAGCACCAGGGGACACUGGCAAUACAACUAUGAUGGUCAGAACUUCCUUCUCAGCACACUUGAGUCUUUCAACUCCAGCAAAAGCCAGCCAGAAACAAGCAGAGCUGCAGAAGGGGAGAAGAGAAAGGAGCAAUCCUUCCUCACCCAGAGCUGUCUCUACCCUCUCCGGAAAUACCUGGAAGCUGGCGUGGGGCAACGGCCCACCAUAGAGCCUCCCCGAGCUAAGCAACUCCCAGUGUGGAUCUUGUGCGGGCUCCUGGCUUCCACAGUGGUCAUUGUGGGAGCUGCAGGUGCCUUUCUUUGGAAGAAGUGGAAAAAGAACAGAAUGGCAGGUGGGCAGAGAGAAGUCUACAUUCCCAUGUCAAGCUACAGCCAGAGAGUUGACUCCUCUAUUUGAGGUUAAGAGUAUCUGGAUUUGGGAAAAGACAGCUUGGGCAGAUCAGAAAGCCUGCUGUCGAGAAGAGGGGGAUGGUCCAUGGACAGCAAGCAGUAGAAUCUGAGUAACCUGAGAUUAAGGGAGAUCAUCUCCUAAGGUGGGACAAGCCUGAACCCCCUCUCCACAACCCUCUAUUCCUUCCCUUUCUUUUGCCUUCAGCUUGACAAACCUCAGAAGUCAAAAUAAGUGAUUUCCUCGCCUUAGUCAAGAGUGAGUCUCCAUUGGUCCACAUCUGCAUUUUUCAUUUUCGUCCCAUCCCCCAGCGAGGGAUGACAGCAGUCUGGUCACUCAUCACAAGGUUUUGCAGCCAUGCCAGUCACCCAUACCUGGUGGGAGUGGUGGACCUCAUUUGCAUCUCCCCACACAGUGCUCUGUGAAGGGCUUUGACAUUGCACUAUAAUAAAGAUGUAUGCGGAGUAUCCCCGAA